AUGUUGCGUACUGCGAGGAUUCGGGCUGUUCUGGUGUCUCUCGUCCGAGAAUUCAAUCGGUCCCAACCGAGACCUUGGUACGAUGAUCCUCGGCAGGGAUUCAAAUCCCUAGAAGAUGUUACCCUCACUUUCAUCAAUAGCAUACUCAUGGUUUUCCCAACUGUCUACAUUGAUGACUCCAUCGGUUCCCCGAGUUGCCUCGGCGCUCACCCUAGACGCGAAUGGAGAAAUUUCUUUCACCCUCGCGAACAGAGCAUUCUCUUGAAUGGACCCAGAGUUCGCGAUAUGGGUACGGCAGCCAUCAUCGCAGCCCGGACUGGCAACCCAAGCGACCAUGCAAAUAAACGUUUCCGAACCUUCAUCUUCAUGUUCGCCAACACCUUUUUUCAUGAGAUGGCCCAUAUGCUUGUGACUUUUCUCACCCAGGAUCUAACAUUGACUCCACCUAACAUCGGACCACGCAUUAGCGGAUACUCGAACGGAGGCAUCGGCGAGGCCGGCCGAUGGCUGGAGACAACCGCUUUCGGUGGUACACUGGAAUACUAUCGUGAUCACUCCGAUGAUGGCGGCCAGCCCGGCAUCCCUCAUAUCCUCACAGAAGGCGGUGUCCGACGAAUCUCGCAGCAUUCAAUUGAUGACAUCGUUAGCUACUGCGACCACUACCCCCCAGUGAAUCUCACGGAUCCAAUGAGAUGGAUCGUUAUGGACGAAUACCGAAGACAUUGUCAGAAAGUGGACGUCGGCCCCCAGUCUGCUCUCGCUCAGCUUCCGUUCCAACCGGGCCUUCGUGCCCAGGCUGCAUGA